CGCCUCACCGGGCCGCGCACCAGGUUCUCUCUCCCCCCCUCCCCAUCCCUCCCCUCCCCUCAACGAAACGAAAUCUCGAUCAAUCUCUCCUCCAUUCCCGCAUCCUCUCUCUCUCUCCCUCCUCACCCUCACCUCAUCGUCGCGACACCGAGGGGAAAAAAAAAAGCGAUCGCCCCAAUCAGAUUCCCCCCCCCCCCUCCUCCCCACUUCCCUCGUCGCCUCCGAAAAGCCAAGCCGCUCCCCGCCGCGCCGAUCGCGCCGCCGCAGCCCCAGAGUGAUGGACUAACAUUUUGGGCGAGUUUGAUCUGUAGAAAGGCAUUCAAACUAUUUUAUGGGAAAGAAGCAAAUCUUAUGCACUAUUUGCAGAAUUGCAGUGAGGGAAGUUUGAUCUGAGGCAGUUGCAAAACAAGUAUUUCUGGAGAGAUGUCAUCCUCCUUGCCUAUUCUACCGAAAUCUUUGAAAGAUAUCCCAAGAUCCCAUAAUACCCAGAAUAUUCUGAUGCCAGGGCAACUGCCAAAUGAUUCUAUGCCUUUGCACCAGAGUGCAACUCAAUCUUCUAUUUCGCACCCAAGAGCCAGUGUUGUCAGAUCAUCAUAUUCAGCAAUGUUAGGAUAUGCUGCUAACCCAAUUGAUUCUGUGUCUAGCCAUGAGGGGCAUUUUAUGGCUGCUCCCUUUAUUUCUCAGUCGUCGAAUGCUGAAAUGCUCCAGUAUUUAUGUAAUAAUAAUACCCAUGGGGGACACACUGUGCCAACCUUUUUCCCAGCUCCUGCCUGUGGCGCGCCAGAUUACAUGGAUACUAUAACUGUCCCUGAUAAUCACACCCAGAGCGGCUCCUCUACUGUUACAUCUGAUGCUGCUAAACAAAAUGAAUGGUGGGCAGAUAUAAUGAAUGAUGACUGGAAAGAUAUUCUAGAUGCAACAGCUACUGAUUCUCAGUCAAAGUCCAUGGCCCAACCUUCCAAUUCUGCUGCAUCACAGCCUGCUUUCAAUCAGUCAACUUCAUCCCAUAGUGGCGAUAUUUGUCCUGUCACAAGUCCUCCUCCCAACAACAGCAAUGCCUCUGCAAGUAAACAACGGAUGAGAUGGACCCCGGAAUUGCAUGAAUCUUUUGUCCAUGCUGUAAAUAAGCUUGGUGGUAGUGAAAAAGCUACUCCAAAAGGUGUGCUCAAGCUUAUGAAAGUUGAUGGUUUGACAAUCUAUCAUGUUAAGAGUCAUCUGCAGAAGUACCGCACAGCUCGCUACAAGCCAGACCUAUCAGAAGGUAAAACACAAGAAGGGAAAACUACCGAUGAGUUGUCUUUGGACCUGAAAGCGAGCAUGGAUCUUACUGAAGCACUGCGCCUUCAGAUGGAAGUUCAGAAGCGCCUUCAUGAACAACUCGAGAUUCAGAGGAAAUUGCAGCUUCGAAUUGAAGAACAAGGGAAAUAUCUGCAGAAGAUGUUUGAAAAGCAAUGUAAAUCCAGCACACAGAGUGUGCAGGAUCCAUCGUCUGGAGAUACAGCAACUCCAUCUGAGCCAAGCAAUUCUGUAGACAAGGACAGUGAGGCUGCCUUGGACCCAAACAGAAUAGGAGACAACCACCCUAAAAAUUCUACCAAUGUAGGUGCCAACCUGAAAACUGCAGCAACCGAGUCCCCUGAUUCCCCAGUAAUUGCAACUGAUGGAUCGGAGCUCCCCCAAGAGAAGCGUCGUAGAGUGCAUGAAUCUUGACAGUUAACUCAUCUGAAUGUAGAGUGCAUUCAGAUUAUAGCUGUUCUGCCCAUGUACUUGGUAAAAGAAAAAUGGUUCCAUCUAUAUUGGCUGAAAUUCUAGUGCUGAUCCAAGUCUAUUGAGCUGAACUAUUUAAAAGGAACAUAAAAAAGCCUAAUAGAGAAGGGGAACUGUUUGGUGUCCGCUUGUAUUAUAAUUCAGUAGCAAUAACUCAAAUUUAUCUCCGGUACUAUGAAAUAAGGAGAAUUUGAGAUCUAGCCAUCUUCCUGGGUACAAUUUUUAUUUCAGGGAGUCAGUUGUAAAAGGCUACGGAACUCCCUCUUCCUCCUUGCAGCUCAGAAGAUAUUGAGCUAGGUACUGAAAUGUCCCGAGUUACUGGUAUCUCUUGAAUGUGAACCAAUGGUUUUUUUUUUU